GAGGAGGCUCUUCUGAGAAUGCUGCCAGUGGUCAAAGCCUCCAACAAAGCUCUACUGAGUCUCUGUAACCUGUCAGAGAGAAGUUGUGAAGCUCUGUCCUCAGGUCUCAGCUCUCAGUCCUCUAAUCUGAUCAAGCUAGACCUGAGUAACAAUGACCUGCAGGAUUCAGGCGUGAAGUUUCUGUCUGAAGGACUGAAGAAUCCACACUGUAAACUGGAAACUCUCAGUCUGUCAGGCUGUCUGAUCACAGAGGAAGGCUGCACUUCUCUGGCCUCAGCUCUGAGCUCCAACCCCUCCCAUCUGAGAGAGCUGGACCUGAGCUACAAUCAUCCAGGGGACUCAGGAAUUAAGCUGCUGUCAGCUGGACUGAAGGAUCCAGGCUGGAGACUGGACACUCUCAGGGUGGAGCCUGCUGGAGUCCGAUGGUUGAGACCAGGUCUGAGGAAGUAUUCC